AAAGGAAGAAAGGGGUAGAAUUGGAAAUAUGUAGAGAAAACGAGAAUAACUCUGACGCGAACGUUUCUCUCCUCCGUCUCUCGAUCCCUCUCUUGACGUCUCGCUGAUCUGUUUUGCUAAGAUUCAAGCUUCAAAACCCUAAUUUCUCUAGCCAUUAGCAUCGAUUUCAGCUCAACUUCAGAUUCAAGGAAACAAUUAUUAGCUUCUCAAGUGCUUCAGUGAUCCGAUACAAUGUCAGCUUUGUUCAAUUUCCAUUCGUUUCUGACGGUGGUGCUGCUUGUGAUCUGCACAUGCACAUAUCUGAAGAUGCAGUUCCCUGCCAUUUUAGAGCAGAAAACUGGCAUUGUCUUUUGCCAAAUUAAAGAUGCUUUGUCAGAUUUCUCUGCAUAUUGUUACUUUAGAUUGCAAAUGUUUCGAGGAUUUUUCUGGAAGGCUGCUAGAAUAGAUUCUAAUGCUUUAAAACCCAUGGUCGAUCUCCUAUUUAAGCAUAUGCAUGAUGGCAUAUAGUUAAGUCUAUAUCCUCCUACUUUUACUGCCAUUUGUUUUCCAUCGCCGAACAUUCUGUUGCUUAACUUUGCUUUGUCAUCACUUGUACCAGGUGAGCGUUUGAGCCCUUGGGUCUCCGCUGGAUGCUUCAUGAUGGGUGUGUCGAUCAUUUUCUUUUGAGUGUCAACUUCUUACAUAUCCAGUUCUUGUAGAUUUUUACUUCUUUGGGAUGCUCAUUUUUCUGUAUGCAAAAGAUUCCAAGGGGUUGUUGAUGAAACUGAAAGAGUAGAAUAUUAUCCUCUUUGGAUUAUGGAUAUGGUCUUGUAUUUGGAACAAAUUGUGUCUGUUAUUUUAAUGUGGAGACAAGUCCAUAAAGCUCAACCAUAGAA